AUGAAAAUAAAUUCGGUGCUAUCAACAGCAGUAGCUAUCAAUUUGUGGCUUGCAAUUUCAAGUGUUAACUGCCAAUCAGCAGGAUCUCCUAAUGUACAAGCUGCUUAAAAUGAUGAAGAAAUAUGGAAUGUUCUUUCUCUAGACGGUGGUGGUAUAAGAGGUAUAAUUACAGCUACUGUCGUGGAUUACAUGGAGAAGUACGCUUACACCUACUCCAGUAAAUAUUGUUUGCCAAAAAGGGAAUCUAAAAAGGUGUCCAUGGCUGAGUUAUUUGAUAUGGUCAGUGGGACAUCUACUGGAAGUCUCCUAGCCUCUUCUCUUGUGCUUCCGAAUCCAGAUAAAAAUUCUCCUUAAAUUAACAAAUUUUUUGCAUCUGAUGCUUUAAAGAUAUACACUGAGUUCGCACCAGAAGUUUUUCAAAAAUAUUAAUUGCCAAGAAUUUGGAGAAUCGUAGGUUCUUUAGGAUUUGCGAUUGUCGGAGGAAUAAUAUUCUUUUUUGUGGGAUUGAAAUUAUUGACAGAUACUUAAUUUGAAUCAGCUAUCAAAGCUUUUAAGGAAUUUGCAAAGGUAAAAAAGUAGAAUCAUGAUAAAACAUUGGAUGCGUAAGAAAUAGUAAUGGAAGCAACUCUUUUUAUGAAUGUAUCAAUCAAAAUCAAAGAUAUAAAGAAUGGAGAGGCACUUAAGAAGUAGAUAUCAGAAGGGGACUUGGACCAGAUAUAGAGUGCACGAGAGGAAAUCCGUGAUCAUGAAGCUUAAUAUCUAGAAAGAAAAGGAUUCAAGUAUUUGUUCCUAGUUCUUGGAUUUUUCUUUUUCGGGGGUAUAGGUUAUAUUUUAAUGCCUAAGAUGCACGCACUCACUCAUUCAAACUAUGACAGAAGAGGUAUAGAGGGUUUGGUUACCAAACUAUUUGGAUAUGUUCCUAUCUAGGAUGCUCUUACCCCAGAAGUUUGUAUUAUUGCCUACGAAUACAACACUCAUGAACCGAGAAUAUUCUCUAAAUUCACAGCAAAAACAAAUCCAGAAACCUUCAACGUAUCAAUUGGUAAUGCCUCUGAAGCAUCAUCAGCUGCUCCUCUUUACUUUGAUCCUAAAGUCAUAGGAGAUUAAGUACUCAUAGAUGGUGGUGUGAUUGCCAACAAUCCAUCCCUAUAUGCGUAUCUACAUUCAAGAUAUGCAAAUUAAAAAGAAAACAUCAGAUUUGUCUCUAUUGGUACUGGAAUGACAUUACCAAAACCAAUGAAGAAAGAAGAACUUACAAAGGUUGACUGGUUCAUGGAAAUUGGAAAUCUUCUAACUACUGUUGAAUAACUAACUCACGAAUACCUAAUGCGAAAACUGUCCAAGGAAAAUUACAGAUUCUAAGCCCUUAUGGAUAGAGAUCUGGCUCUUGAUUCAUAUUCAGAUGAAAAUAUAGAGGAACUUACUUCAUAUGGAGAUAAAACUAUUUUGAAAUAUCAAAGUCAAAUCUAGGAAGCAGUUAAUCGCGUUGUCGAUCAAAAGUUCAGUAAAAAGUAUUCAUGUUCUAAGCCUUGA